CGAUUGACAAAAAUCACGGAUAUUAAUGUGUUUUUUUCCAAUCAGGCCUACAAUUACAUAAACAUAAUUUUGUAUCUAUAUAAUAGUUGAGUAUUGGCAUGCAUCAACUCAAUUAACAUGCGUUUAAAAUGCUCCGGUAAACCUCGACGCUGCAUCGUAAUUAUGUAACCUGAAGAGCCGCAGAGACGAUCUUUGAAGAAGCAGGACUUUCUGCAUCUGCAUGCAAGUUGGCUGACAUGGUGCAUGCACUGACGAGGGGCAUGUAGACGCGAAUAGAACAGAUAUAGGUUCUAAAGAGUGAGGGGAGUAUUCUAGAGAGAGGAGGCACAUACCCUGCAAGAGGACUGGCAGAACAUUAGAUCCGGGCUGGUGCUGCUGAGAUGGACCCUCUUUAAAAUAACCUGUUUGCCUUGCAGUUUUAUUAAUUUCAUUUAUUAUAUAUAUUUUUUUUUUUUUGCACAAGUCCAAUAGUUGUGCUAUGGCUUGGCCGUGCAUCAGCAGAGUGUGCUGCCUGGCUCGGUUCUGGAACCAAUUGGACAAAUCGGACCUCUCCGUGCCGCUCACCAUCCAGAACUACUCGGACAUCUCCGAGCAGGACGUGCGCUCCGUCACCCAGCAGGUCGCGUCCUCGGAGGUCAACUACACCCCGGCCCCCGGUGCCGACGGGCCGGAGACGAGAGGGUGUUUCCGGACCCGGAGGGAGGCCGGCCACAAGCCCCGGGAGGACGAGCAGCCUCCGCGGGUGCCUUUCCCCAGCGUCACGCAGUACAAGCAGGACUUCAAACCCUGGCCCAUCCCGAAGAAGGAGCACUUCCCCUGGAUCAGUGAUGGGGGCAGCCCGGUGAAGAAGCAGGAGGAGGGAAGAAGAAGCAGCUACAGACAAGAGUACAGGCCAUGGACCAGACCCAUCAACAGCAGCAGAAAACCACCUCCAGCUCCAUAUUCCAACCCGAGGACCAACCAGGACUGUCCUCAUGUCCCAACUGAGACCAGCUAUCAGGCUGCCUACAGUGGCGAGGCCAACAGGUCGGUUCACAUGGCCAAGUCGCAAGUUGGCCCCGCCCACAACCACAGCCCUCUUAUCCUGCAGAGCAUCCAGCAUAAGAAUGUGGAGCUCAGCACGUCAACAAAGAAUCAGGAACAUCUGGUUAGGACCAAGCUGCCACCAAACCCUUCUGCUCUCUUUCAAAGUGGACCGCGAGCCUUUUAGCAAGCGAGUGGCACCAGGCGAGAAGGUCUUCACACCAGAAUCUAUGCAAGGUGGUCCCUGCAGAGCUGAGAGGAUGACACGACAUCGACCACACAGGAGGCCCCCCACGCUCCCAUGGCCUGCCUCCUUCCUUUACAGCCCGGUUUGCUUCAGUUACUCUAGAAAUGAAUAUGCAUGUCAUGGAACUAGCGUGUUAUGCUGCUACACAAGACAAUGUGUCAUUUAUUUCCUCUUAAGUCAUGUUGCUUGAAAUGAAACUUUUUCUUAGUUUCAGCAGAUUACUAUGCUUAUAUUUAAUUAUUUAGAAAGUAUUAGUUUGUUAAUCAUUAUACUGUAGUGAGAGGAAAAUGUGACAAGGGUAAACAAAAUAAUGAAAUAAAAGUAUUAGGUCUUCUUAGUGCUUUUCCUGUUGUUUUUAGCACUAAAAUGUGAAUAAAUACAACACAGCACUUAAAAUUGAAUUUCACUCCCGGCUACUUGUGAUGCAGA